AUGUCAUCAGCACAAAAAUCUCUAACUUUAUAUUUUAAAAGAAAAGCAAUUGUUGAAGAAUCGGACAAUAAUUUAGCAAAAAAAAAUAAAUUAAAUGAUAAUUUAAAUAAUAUUUUAAAUGAUAAUGUAACAACUACACAAACAAUUUCAAAUACUGAACCAUCACGUGAUACUCAACCAAAUAUUAAUGAAAAUUGUCCGUUAUCCACCACAGCAAAUACAACAGCAAAUGAUAAUAAAAAACGUAGAUAUCAAAAAUGGUAUUCAGAUAAUUAUAAAUGGCUUAUACAUGAACCAAAUCAAGGUGGAUUUUGUCGCAUAUGUCGCGAUUACUGGAAACCAACAAUACCAUUUUAUUCUGAAAUGAACGCAAGAACUAAAGGUGCUUUUGCUACACAACCGUUUAUUAAUUGGAAAGCUGCACCUGGUCCAAAUGGAAGUUUAGAAAAACACCAACAAUCUUCUUAUCAUAAAACAGCUGUACAAAAUUUAUCAUAUCGGCAGCAGGAAGGAUCAGUAAUAGAACAAUUACUUAAUGUUAGUGAAUUAGAACGUCAAGAAAAUCGUCAAAGAUUUGGUGAUUUAUUAGAUGCUGCUUAUUUUUUAUUUAAACAUGAAUUACCACAUACAACAUUAUAUUCAUCAUUAUUGGAAUUAUUAGCAAAAACUGAUCAUAGUAAAAAAUUAUCAUCAUUUUUUGAUAAAUGUCAAAAGAAUGCCAGCUAUGACAGUACAACAACAGUUACAGAAUUAUUACAAGCAAUUAGUGAAAUAAUAGAUGAACAAAUAUUAAGAAAAAUUCGUGAAUCAAGAGUUAUUUCAAUCAUGGCUGACGAAGGUACAGACAUAAAUCGUCAUCAAAAUUUAUCGAUCUGUAUACGUUAUUGUAAUCAAGAUACAGGUGAACCAACAGAAUCAUUUAUCAGUUUAUUAAAAAUAAAAGAUAAAGAUGCUCAAACAAUAUUUGAUACAAUUGUUAAAGAAUUAGAAGCUAAACAUAUUGAUAUGACAAAAAUUCGUUUUACUGGCUUUGAUGGUGCAUCGGUGUUUAGUGGAGAAUUUAAUGGUGUAUCUGCAAAAUUUCGCCAGAUAUAUUCAGAUUCAAUACUAUUUAUUCAUUGUCGUGGUCAUAUUUUACAGUUAUGUUUAUUAGAUGCAUGUGAACAUAUACCUGAAGUAGAAGAAUGUUUAUCAACAUUGAAAUCUUUAAUUAGUUUUAUUAAUCGAUCAUCCAUCCGAUUAGCACGUUUUAAUGAUAUUCAAGCAUUAUUACAAUGUCCACAAAUAAAAUUAAUUCGACCCGGUGAUACACGAUGGUUAUCAUAUUUUCGUUCAAUUAGUGUUAUUCUUCGUUGUUAUGAACCUUUAAUGAUAACAUUAGAACAUAUAUCUAAUGAAAGAGAUGAAGAAAGUCCAACUGCAGCUGGUCUACUUUCAAUCUUAGAAAAUCAAUUGACAAUAUUCUUACUUCAUAGUUUAGAACCAAUUUUUGAAGCACUUUCAAUUUUAUCGAAAUCCAUAUAA